ACAGAUACAAGUGUGUGUCUCUUCUGGUAGAAUCAUUUCCAACGAAAUGCUACAAAAAUGAAAGGGUUUCUUUUAAAGUUGUACAGUAUUUUUAUGUUGAUUCUACAAACAAUUGGCUUCAUUUUACCAUACCAGACCGAAUUUCAUAGUAUAAAAGAUGUUUGCAUCAAUGAUAUAUUCAGCUUUGAUUUUAUGACUCGUAGGAGCAGUGCCCUGUUAGUGCACUUAGAGUCCGACAAUAGCAAACAACAUCAAUUUACUGUAACUAUUGAAGAUGGUGAUUUGGUAUUCACUUAUCGUGUCAAUAGUAAAACAAGAUCUUCUAUACUACCCUAUGACACAGAAAGGGUCAAGAAGUGGAACGACAACCGCUGGCAUAAGUUGAUAGUAGAACGGAUUUUAGAUGAAGGAACGUAUCUUUCAGUAACAGUACUUUUAAAUGAACAGAUUCAUAGGUUUGAUUCUGUAAUGGAAGUGAAGGGGCAUGUUCUGGGAUCAAAUGAUGUUUACUUUGGUAAAACCCCUUAUGCUGAUGUUAAAAAUGUCAUUUACAUGAACUGUUUUUGUGAAAAAAUGCAUUUGAAAAUCGGAGAAGACAGAAAAGAAGUCGACAAAUGUUGCCAAGAGAUUAAUAGGAAAAACAGAGAGACUCAAACAUGCGGUAGAUUUCGCGGAAAGAUCAAAUGCAGAAAUCACACAACAUCUGGGGUUUCUAAGACUGUUGUUGCAUGUUUAAGAGCAGAUACCUGUCAUGUCAACGCCAAGUAUGUGUACUUUGACACAGGCGCCUGUUGCAAAUGUAAAACGCCGUUCUACGGGAAUGGAAUUCGAUGUUUGAAAACAGGAAAAAGAUUAAUACUGAGAGGUAAAGUUAAUGGUGUAUUAAACAACAAAGCCAUAGUGAAUAUGGACUUACUUUCUCACGUAUAUACAACCAAUGGACGAAUAGAAACACAUAUAGGAAGUAGACAAAACACUGUGAGAACAAUGAUGAACAUAUUGCAGCCAAUCGGUGACAUCAUUGGAUGGCUGUUUGCUGUUCCACAGGAGAAGAAGGCUAAAAAUGGCUUCAUGAUGACAGGUGGAGAACUGAACAGAACUGCUUUAAUAAAGUAUGCAAGCGGCGAGAUAGUCUUAAUUAGACAAGAAUUCUUUACCUUUUCGUCAGAGUUCAUAGUUCAGACACUUGUACAUGGGACAGUCCCGGAUUAUCUGGAAAGUAUAUCAUUUGAUGAGUUCACGGAACAGUUCACAAGCGUUUCCAGAGGCGUUAUUAAAUCGUGUUCAACAAGAAAAUAUUCAAUGAAUGGGUUCGCAUCCAGAUUUACAAUGGACCAGACUAUCACGUUUAAUGAAUGCCAACACAGUCCAUUCAGACAAAGUUUCAACAGUAUGAGACAGUUUGUUACCAGAAAUUCAGUUAUGAAUGAUAGAAUUAGUGAUUUUUUCCGAUUUUCAUCGACCAAUCUAAUCGGAGCUCUUGGUGAUACCACAGUUGAGCCUAGAAUGGAUUCUAGUACAUGCUUAGAAGGGGUACCUAUUUGUCAUGCCAGUGCCGAAUAUGUCUACUUUAACACUGGUGUUUGUUGUGAAUGCAGAGCACCAUUCUACGGGAAUGGAAUUCGAUGCUUCAAAAUAAAGAAUAGACUAAUACUCAGAGGAAAAGUUAGUGGAGAGUUAAACAAACAAGCCAUGGAAGAUUUGGAAUUACUUGCUUUUGUAUCUGUAACAACUGGAUUUAUAGAAACACAUUUACAAAGUUCGCAAAAAAACUUGGAAAAGAUGAUGAUAGCCAUGCAAUCUAUUGGUGACAUCAUUGGAUGGGUGUUUGCUGUUCCACGGGAUAAAGAGGCAAAAAAUGGCUUCAUUGUGACAGGUGGAGAACUGAACAGAACAGCUUUAAUCAAGUACCAGAGUGGCGAGACUGUGUUAAUUACACAACAGUUCUCUACCGUUUCGUCAGAGUUUAAAGUUCAGACAUUUAUAAAUGGAACAGUUCCAGAUCCAGUGGAUAGUAUAAUAUUUAAUGACUUGACUGAACAGUACAAACCCGUUUCCAGAGGCGUUAUAAAGUCAUGUUCUACAAGAAAAUUUGAAACAAAUGGCUUCACAUUCAAUUUUACAAUUGACCAGACUAUAACUUUUAAUGAAUGCCAACACAGUCCAUUUAGACACAGCUUGAGUUUUCUGCGACAUGUUGCUACCAGAAAUCUUGUUAUAAAUGAUAGAAAGAAUGAUGUUCUCCGAUUUUCCUCGACCAAUCAAAUCUAUAUAAAUGAAUGUGCAUCUGGUCCAUGUAAAAACGGAGGUACCUGUACAGAUACUGUGAAUGGAUAUAAAUGUACAUGUUUUUCCAGAUAUGAAGGAGUUAAUUGUGGAGAAAAAAAGGUCAUAUAUAAUUAUGGUGGCACGCUAAAUAGCUAUAAAUUAGAAGGUAGUGGAGUAAAUGAUGGAGGUGGUAGCAGGGGCAAUACAUAUAGAACAUUUUUACCAAAACAAGUUUAUUAUGAACACCUGUGGAAGAUUAGUGGAAACCAUCAGUCUUCAACUACUGUGACCACAACGACUUUAAGCACGACGUACUCUCCAGAAAUUUUUUGGGGAAAGCAAAUUGUCAUAAAUGAAGGGUUUAAUUAUUACCUAAGACCUGGUAAUUUUACAUUCUUGUUUGCCAAUGGAAAAUAA